UGUGAAGGUUGUGGUUGACACGGCCACAGCGGCAGGAGACGCGUCUGGCUCUGCCUCUCUGUGCCGAGCGCUGGCGAUUGGACUCACCCGACCUUGUUCUAAGGCUGGGUACCAAGCUCCUGUCGCUGUCUACUCUGAGAGCGUUCCCAAAUUCAAACCCAGAUACUUCUGUGAGGCAGAAGCACGGGUUCAAACAUGGAUUUGACCGGAAAAGGAAAGACCACUGAAGGAAAAGGCCUGAUUGGCUACCCUCUUGCCAAGAGGUUUUCCCUGGCCAGUCCCUCUAUGCUCCUUCCCUCCAAGCCGUUGCCUCCCAUUCAGAAGAGCUCUCCUUCUACCAAGCCAAGCCAGAUAUGCAGCAGAGAGCAGGAGAAUGGGAAACAUGGCAGCAGCUAUGAAAAAAACCAGGAGCUGAGUUCCGAGGGAACAGGAUGUAAGACUUCCUUGCUGUAUUCCAGUGGUGGGGUUAUGCAGAAGGGGUCAUUGGGACCACCUUUGAUCCCCCCCAUACGCAAGGCAAUAAGUCCCACUCUUGGCAGUACCGCGGGGUCUCUGCAAAGCUCUCUGCAGCUGGAAUUCCAGGAGUCCCAGGAGAUGAGGCCAACAUCCAGCAGCAGAAGCAAGGAGGAGAACUGUGGACAUGCAGGCGAGACUAGAUUCAUUUUUUCCAAGUCUUUUCGGCCAUGUCCCUCUUCACUCCUUCCCUCCAAGCCAUUGCCUCCCAUCUGGAAGAGAUCUCCUUCUUUUGACACUAAGAAAAUCUACAGCGUGGAGAAAGAGAACAAGGAAACUGGCACUGGCUAUGAUAAUGACAGUAGAAAAAGCCAGGAGCAGAGUUCAGAAGGAGAAAGUUAUAAGACUUCCUUGCUGUAUUCCAGUGGUGGGGUUAUGCAGAAGGGGUCAUUGGGACCACCUUUGAUCCCCCCCAUACGCAAGGCAAUAAGUCCCACUCUUGGCAGUACCGCGGGGUCUCUGCAAAGCUCUCUGCAGCUGGAAUUCCAGGAGUCCCAGGAGAUGAGGCCAACAUCCAGCAGCAGAAGCAAAGAGGAGAACUGUGGACAUGCAGGCUUUAGCCUACCACCUGUCGAUGGCACAGCUUCUGGAGUGCAGAGAAAACACCCUGGUAGUGGCUUGAAGAAGGUCUUGAGGAAGCAGGACAACGUGCCCUUACUGCCCAAUAUGCCCAUCAUCCACGGGCAUGGCAGCUUCCCACGCAACUCCUCAGUGACCUCGCAGACGGCCACUGGUGCCGAGCGCCGAGAGGAGCCGCUCUGUGGGAAGGGGCAGAAGGACACAGCCUCUGCAGACCCACAGCAGUCCUUGAGGGAGGCACUCUCCUUGCUCGGCAGCGAUGACUGGGAGCUGAAGGAGAAGGGACUCUUCAACAUCAGACACCUGGCUGGGUCCCAUUCAGAGGUCCUGCUUUGUAGACUUGGUGACGUUUGCUUGGCAGUUACCAGCGAGGUGACCAACCUCCGAUCCAAGGUGUCCUACUCUGCAAUCGUCACUCUGGGAGAGCUCUUUGUGACCUUGAAGAAGGACAUGGACUCUGAGGUGGAUGAGGUUGUUCGGGUUCUUCUCCAGAUGGUGUGGAACUCCCCAGAAUUUGUUCAGAAAGCAGCCAGUCAGACCCUGGGGAUCAUGGUGGAGAAUGUGACUCCUGCACGAGCAAUGACUGCUCUAAUGGACAUGGGAGUCAAGAGCCGCCACGUCCAGGUGCGGAAGUGUGCGGCCGAGCUCCUCCUGUCCUUGAUGGAGAGAAUUGGAGUCACAAGGCUGGCAGGCACACCCAGGGCUGAGAGGCUGGCACACGUGGCAGGGAAGCUUGCGCAGGACUGUCACAAGGACACAAGGCAUUAUGGACAGGAGAUGGUGAAGAUGUUGCUCAAUCAUCAAAAAUUUAAAAUGCUUUUGGAACGGUCUCUUUCCACCUGUGGCCUGGAGGACAUUCUGACAAGAAUGAAGAAGAAAGGAAUGGAAAACCAGAAGGGUGAAUGCCCACCUGUCAAGGAGCUGGUGAAGAAGAGGAACGAUGGCUCGAAGAAGCCCCAGGCCACAUUGUCUUCUAGCAAACGGGUGAAAUCUACCUCUGAUGGACGCCUCCUACACCGUGCAAAAGCCCAGGUCACAUUACCUCCAGCUGUGGAAGAAACGGAGCUGCUCCAGAAGCUUUACAGUCUCCUGGAAGCCAAGGGCUUUCAGACACGGAUGGAAGGAGUGGCACUCCUCCAAGACCUGUGCAAAACCAGCCCCCAGCUCAUCUCCACUAACAUUGUCCAAAUUUUUGAUUAUUUUGUCCUGAGAAUAUCUGACAGCCACAAGAAAGUGAAGCAGAAGGCGCUGGACGUGCUGGCCGAAAUCACGGGCGUCCUGGAGGAAGCCUUGAACCCGGUGAUCAUUGGUUUGGUGGAAGGAAUAACAAAGAGCCUGAACUCAAAGGAUCCCAGGGUUCGUGCCUCAGCCGUGAAAGCACUGGAAGAAUCCAUUGCUCAUUUAGAUAAAGUAUCACUGCUGAAAGAGUUCAGCUACCAAUGGAAUCAACUGAGUGGCCAAGCUCUGCUGGAUGUCGCGGAGCGUAUCACAGUGCUCGUGGAGUGGGUUUAUGCCAGGAGCCCUGAAGUCGUCCAGCAUGACGCCCUGCCCGUGCUCUGGUCCUUCCUGGAGAACAAGGCGCUGCCUGUCCGAAGUGCCAAUGUCCGCACUGUGGCCACCAAGCUUGCCUCGGCCCUCUACAAGGUGAUGGGCAGCAAGCUGAAGAAGUGUGCUGCCAGCAAGCCUCCACAUGUGCAGGACAACCUGUCCAAAAUUUUGGGCUGGUGAAGGCGUGAUGUUCUCCAGGAAGCUGAGGAAGUGCUGAGUUGGACACCUCCGGAUCUGCCUGUAUAGCUGUGCCAAAAAUGCUGCAAUAUUAAGGAAGGGUGUGCAUCUGCCCCAGCUCUCUCCAUCGCCCUUCCUAGUCAUGGCAUGGGGGGCCUGAAGCAACUCCAGAUUGAGGACAAGGUGAAGGCCGAUCAUGGCUCAGCCUCACCCAGAGAUCUGACUGGUUACAGUCUUACUGAGACGUUUUCUCUGGACACUUCGAUGUUGCCUUUCCCACAAAGUCCUUGCCUCCCAUCCAGAAGAGGUCUGCCCUCCAGGCUCAGGAGGAAGCUGCUGCCUGUCUGAAGAUUGUUUGAAGAAUAGGAUUUAUGUGUUAGGCUUCAUAGUUAUAGAUGUACAUAUGUUCUGAUCCUUAGAUGUAGUUUUGAAUAAAUUUGUUUUGACUGUA